CGCCUCCAACCAGUCCAUUGCCGUUACCAGUGCCGUGCAGUUGAUCGUGCCAGACAUGUGCAAUAGUUCUAGGUGACCUGGCAGUAAACGUUGGAAAUCACUUUCGCUAAAAUGAUCGAAUAAGGUACAUUGCUGAGCUUCAUUCUAUCGUUUCAUCAAAAGACGCAGAAGCUGCAGUGCGUCGUCGUUGAGGAACUCCCAAGCUAUCAUCACUGUCGCCCGUGUUUUCCAAUAUACUCCAAGACAUCACGUCUUACAGGACGACACCGAGGGCAGCGAUGAGCGGCAGCGGCGGUUACCCGCGCCUGGGCAGGCGUUUCGCCACAGGAGUGUGCCUGGCUGUGCUAAUACUCGCAAUUCUUGCUCCUGCCGAAGCCCAGAAGAAGAAAAACAAGAACAAAGCCGAGGCAGUAGAUGCCCCAGCCGCCAACAUAACGGAAACUUUGGAAGACGAUAAACCAACUGGUCCUCCGCUGACCGGAGACCCCCAGAAAGACUACAUCUAUGACCCCAACCUUCCUCAUGAGCUUAUCGGCUAUGACCUCUCGAACUACCCCUUCUACAAGCGCGUCCCCAAAGAGGGGCACAACUUCACGUGCGACGACAGGCACGACGGCUUCUAUGCGUCGGUGCCGCACAAGUGCCAGGUGUACUACAACUGCCUGUUCAGUCAGCGGUACGACUUUCUGUGCCCCAACUACACCGUCUUCGACCAAGUCAACUUCAUCUGCCACUACGCGAGCGAAGUGGACUGUAACAACUCAGAGCGAUAUUAUGCCAGGAAUGAGGAACUCUACGUGACGACCACGACGACAACACAAGCACCGAAAAUCGUUUACUUGGACCGCCCGCGCCCUCGGCCUCUGCGGCCCUUGAACAGACAACCAAAUCUUCCCAAGAGACGUCGUCCACAAAUCAGAGUGGGGCCAAAAAAUAACGCAGGUGCCAAGGACCCCGCGCCGGUGGAGACGGCUGACACCGUCGACACGGCUAACGACUACUAUGAUACCGCAGACUACUAUGCUGACGAGAACUACGAUGAUUACUACUACGAUGACGCAGCCCAGACUACAACAACAUCUACAACCACUACAGUGAGGCCCCUCAAGAGGAGGAAUAGGCCUGGAAGUGGACCUAGACGGGGAGGGACAGGGGGAAGGAGACGCCAGCGACCGAGGCAAGACGGAGUCAAUGGAGGAGGUGGUCGACGACGAAGAAUAAGAACCUCGACCACAACUGCCGCACCUGUAAGCUAUGACUAUUAUGACGACUAUUACUACGAUGACUACGAGGCAGAUCAAGGUCAGAAAAUUAAAAAUGAACCGGCAAUACCAACUACAACGACUACUGCAGAGCCGCGGGUCAAACCCGGACAAAGACGUCGACCCAGUUUUCAAAGAGCUCAAAACAUUCCAGGAGAAGAACCUGAGAACACAGAGGCUCUUCCCCUAAUAGAUCCUCUGGAAACCACUAGAGAGGAAGCACCUGUUGCUCCUAAGCCCGCUGAGGCUGAAUCACCUGCAACAUUAGAGGAAACACCGACUACGAGUGGACAAAUUAGGAGUCAAAACAAACCCACUGCCCAGCGUAUCCGAACUCGGCCAGUCAACUCGAGAGGGUUCGCGGUCGUUGACGGAGGUGCAAAUGCCGAAACUAUUGUCGACGAAGCUAUUGUUACUGAACCUAAAGAACCUGCUCAGGAAAGUCUGCAAGACCGCAGGCAGAGGUUAGGACUAUCGCGCAGAGGGCCGCCCGCGUCUACAAUUCAGGCCGACGCAGCCUCCACUCCCGUGGACGACUCUGUGGCGCUUGAGGAAGAAGAACCUGUUCCUCAGGCUGGUAGAGGCUUCGGUGGGAGAAGGUCGAGAUCAUAGAUAUAUAGUUAUAGUAGUUUUCAGUUGUUUUAACGUGUAUAAAGGCUAUUAUAUUGAUUGAAUAUGAAACACAUGACGUUAACAUACUUGAUAUUCACUAAAAACCGCUGGUUUCCUGGAGAAACUCGAAUGGAUGCGAAUUUAUCAAUGUACUUUUAUACAAAUUUAAUGCGAUCAACGCAUAAAUCCUUUCCAUUGUUAUAAGCUCUCUGUAACACAACAAAUUGUCAACCUUUCGAAAUUAACAAGCCCUCAGUUAUGUAAUUUUUGCUAUUUCAUUAUCAUAAACUCAAUAAGACUUAGUAUUUCUGUAAAAAAUUCUGU